CGAUGACGUCACACACACGCGCAGCUCUGUGUAUUUUCGUGAUCUGCUGAACUGGACCGAUUUAGCAGAUAUUUCAUUAUAACAUAUUUCGACCCGAACUCAGUCUGUGAAAGCACCUGUUGAUGGAGGACGUGCUCCAGGGAAAUGACAGACCAGGGCAAUAACAAUCAGAACAUCUCACAAAACCCAUUUGCAGCGCUCUUCGGUUCCCUAGCUGAUGCAAAGCAGUUUGCAUCUGGCCAAAAGCAACGGCGUCAAGCAGAGCAACAAUCUGUAGAUUCAGGGGAGAGCCAGUCCGAGUCAGAUAAUUCAGUCUCUGACAGCAUUGAUGACAACGAUGACUCUGUGGCAGAGAUCAGCCGAUCUUUUCGCUCGCGUCAGGAGCUCUGUGAGCAGCUCAAUGUCAACCACAUGAUCCAAAGGAUCUUCCUUAUCACACUGGACAACAGUGACCCCAGUUUAAGAGGAGGCAAUGGUAUUCCACCACGCUGUGUAUACCUUGAGGAAAUGGCCGCUGAUCUUGAUGGUCAGGACUGGCUUAACAUGGACACCAUUGAGCAGGCGCUGUUCACCAGGCUGCUUAUGCAGGAACCUGGAAACCAUCUAAUUUACAUGACUUCCUGCAGUGUAGUAAACCACUCGGCAGAUCGUGAUGCUGGGGAGAAAUGUGCCAUACCGUACCUUUACGCCUGCUACCUGAGAGUUAAAGAGGAGAUCACUAAAGUCCCAGAAAAACUGAUGUCAUACGCUGUGCACUGUAAAAACAUGACGUUGUCCAAUGCGCGGACGGUGCUGCUGACGCCGGAGAUCUACAUCAGUCAAAACGUGUAUGAGCAGCUUCUAGAUCUGUUGCUGGAAGCCGUCCGAGGAGCUCAGCUUGAGGAAGUUGUGGAGUUUUUUGAGGAGGUCAUUGCAAGUCUGUUGGCUGACCAGGAGGUGCGAACCUUUGGGGAGGUGAUGGUGCCAGUGUUUGAUAUUUUUCAAGGCCGUAUCAAAGACUUAGACCUCUGUCAGCUGCUGCUGUCUUCCUACCUGGAAAUUCUCCUGUACUUCAGUCGGCAAAAAGACAUUGCUAAGGUGUUAAUGGAGUACAUUCAGCCUAAAGAUCCUAAUAAUGGACUUCAGUAUCAGCAAACCCUUUUGGGCACCAUCUUAAAUAUUUCCUGUUUACUGAAAACCCCUGGUGUGGUUGAGAACCAUGGUUUUUUCCUCAAUCCUUCUCGCUUGAGCCCACAGGAAAUGAAGGUUCAAGAGUCAAAUAUACACCAGUUCAUGGGGCAGUUUCAUGAUAAGCUGUAUCAGAUUCUGAAAAACUUGCUUCAGCAGUCCGGCGAGACACGUCACCUGCUGCUCUCGUGGUUGGGCGGUUGCCUGCAAGCCAACAUGGGGCGGGCCAAAAUCUGGGCGAACCAGAUGCCUGAGAUUUUCUUCCAAAUGUAUGCCUCGGAUGCAUUUUUCCUAAAUCUGGGAGCUGCGCUGCUCAAGCUCUGCCAGCCUUUUUGUAGACCUUACUCACCGAAACUCUUGACCUUUAACCCCACAUACUGCAUGCUGAAGGAGCUGAGUGAGGAAGAGCGGCGCAACAGAAACGUGCAUGCCAGAGGUUUGGACAAGGAAACCUGUCUGAUACCUGUGCCCCCUCAACAAACAAUUGAAUUUGCCCAGUCAUACAGUCUUCUCACAGAGAACCUCAUCCUUACUCAGAUUACCAUGUACUUGGGCUUCCAUAGACUUCAUGAUCACAUGGUGAAGAUGAAUCAGUCUCUCCAUCGGCUGCAGGGGACGUGGCGAGACACGCAUCUCAGCGGAGGCCCGGCUACAGAUCUGCGGGAACAGUUUGAACGCCUUAUGACUGUCUAUCUCUCCACCAAGGCUGCAACCACGCAGCCAACCAUGCUGCAACACUGCCUCAACCUCCAAGCCUCCUGUGCCACCCUGCUGGUCCAGCUCAGCUUGGGCAACCAGAGUCCAGAGCACACACCGCUCUCAUUUCCUUUGCCUCCGCUGGAAAACAGUUUGCUGUGCUGUGUGCCAGAGUUAUUCGCCGAAAACCUAGGUGAUUUUUUCAUAUUCCUCCGCCGUUUUGCCGACGAGGUGUUGGAGUCAUCGGCGGAGAGCUUAGAACAUGUCCUGACCUUCAUCACUGUGUUCAUGGGCAACGUCGAGAGAAUGAAGAAUCCUCAUUUGCGGGCAAAGCUGGCAGAGGUUCUCGAGGCUGUGAUGCCCCAUAUGGAGCCUGCGUCACCUGGCACUGCCCAGCCUAUCAUGUUCCAGCGCCAAAGGGUGUUUAGCUCAUAUCGACACGCUCCUCAGCUUGCCGAAGCCCUCAUUACUGUGUUUGUGGACAUAGAGUUCACUGGCGAUCCUCAUCAGUUUGAGCAGAAGUUUAAUUAUAGGAGGCCAAUGUAUGCCAUUUUGAAGUACAUGUGGGGAGAAGAAAAUUACAGGGAAAGUAUUAAGCGUUUGGCAGAUUAUGCAUCUGAAAACCUUGAGGCCAUGAUUCCACCACUUUUCUUACGGUUUCUGAACCUGCUCAUGAACGAUGCCAUCUAUUUACUUGACGAGGCUAUACAGUACUUAAGUAAGAUCAAAAUCCUCCAGCUGGAGAGGGAUCGGGGGGAGUGGGACAGUCUGGCCCCUGACGCCCGCAGAGAGAAAGAAUCUAGUCUGCAGAUGUUUGGACAGCUGGGUCGCUUCCACAACAUCAUGUCAAAUGAGACCAUUGGUACCUUGGCUUUCCUCACAUCUGAGAUAAAGGGUCUUUUCGUUCACCCCUUUCUCGCUGAGAGGAUCAUCUCCAUGCUCAACUACUUUUUGCAGCACCUGGUAGGCCCCAAGAUGGGCGCUCUGAAAGUGAAAGACUUUAGUGAAUUUGACUUUAAACCCCAGCAGUUGGUGUCCGAUAUCUGUACCAUUUACCUCAACCUGGGGGAUGAAGAAAAUUUCUGCGCCACUGUCCCGAAAGAUGGAAGGUCAUAUUCGCCCACUCUGUUCUGCCAAACUGUCCGUGUCCUCAAGAAAAUCAACAAGCCUGGCGAUAUGAUUGUGUCUUUCAGUCUCCUCGCAGAUAAAAUUAAGUCUUUGGCUGACAUACAUCAGCAGGAGGAGGAGACUUACUCUGAUGCUCCGGAUGAGUUUCUGGAUCCGAUCAUGUCUACGUUGAUGCAUGAUCCGGUGCUGUUGCCUUCUUCAAAUGUUACAGUGGACCGCUCAACAAUAGCACGUCACUUACUAAGUGACCAGACAGACCCGUUUAACCGCAGUCCACUCACCAUGGAUCAGAUCAGGCCUAAUGAAGAGCUCAAGCAGCAGAUCGUGAAGUGGCUUGCUGAACAUAAGCAAAGAAGCCAGCAAAUGGGACCCAGUGGCUAAACCACAUUAUUCCCUCCCCCCAGCCCAGGCAUGCUGUAUGACUAAGCCAUUCAGAUGUUUCUGACAUCUCUCAUACUGCUUUGGAAAAAGAGCCUUUUAAGCACACGUAGUAAAGGAACACAUCUACAUUCAUGGUGUUUUUGUGCUCGGCAAAGGUCAAAUGCAAAUCUCCAAAUGCCAUAUCAUCGUAGCAUAUUGAGCUAUCUGCUCUGUCAAACUAUUUGGAGCAUCUUCUGACGUUCAGGUCCAUGCAGACAAAACUCAGAUCACUGCACUAACAACUGGAAUCUGUUUUUCUGUUACAUUUCACCUUGCCAAGUUGUUCACUGUGGGAAAUGAAACUUUAUAAAGGUUAUGUGAGUUUAUAGACAGACAAAAGUUUAUUUGUUUGCUGUCCUUUUCAAUGCAUUUGCCCUACCUCUAACUCAACCAAUAUGUGUGAAAUAUUGUAUAUGCAUUGCUUAUACAUAAAUGUUUAAGGUUCAUGUAUUUGUAUUUACUCAUUUGAUAUUAAGAGAAGGGGUUAUGGCAGGAUUGAUUUUAAAACAUCUUUGAUAAAAGUUACUCAUCAGCUCUGUAUUUCAGAAUGUUUAAGUUUCAAGGCUGUUUUAUGAUUUUUAAGAUGCUCUACAAUGCUGCAUUCAUCCAAAUUUGUUUUUGGGCUGCUUGGCAACUACCAUUUGUUUCAAAUGCUUUUACCAUUUAUUCCUUAGAAAGAUUUUAUGUUUGGAAUUUAAGAAACAUUUGCUAUAGUGUGCACUUUUAGAAGACUCAUUAAGAAUAUUGAGUUCUUGUUGAAAUGUUGGGAAUUACCCAUUUGCAUUUUACAAGAAGCCAUUUUGUCUUUUUAAGAGUGAGUAUGUCCCAAAUAUUGACUUAUUUGAAUACUGAGUCAGAGCUCACAGUCUUGGUGACCUCCUCUCAUGCAGAAUGACAUCAUGUCUCUUUUGUUAACAGUUGCGAAACUGCAUGCUCUGGGAGGUUGGACCUUGCUACUGAAUUAGAUGUUUUAAGAGAUGACACUGAUAAAACACAGUCAACUGUCCUUCCUUCAGUUGUGAAGGUCUCAUAACAUUGAGCCAUCAACAAACCGAGUAUGUCUGAAUUAAAAUUUUCAUCCAGUUGUUUAUUUCAUUGAGUGUUAGUUAGUUUUUUUUAUUCUUUCAUUUUUCUGGAGAUGUCACCAAAUCAAUAGAUCUGACCCCAAAAAUUCUCAAAGUAUACAAUGCUUCAGGGUCUGUUGAAAUGUUUUGGCCUGUCGAGUUGUGCACGGGCACACUCAUUAGCCAUAAUUGCUCUUUUAAACACUGAUUCAAUCAAACUGUUGAAUCUUUAUUUUGAAGAUUUUUGUGAAAUGAAGGAUAGUAGUUGUACAAUAUACAUGGGUCUUUAAAAUACAUUAUGUUGAACUAACUAGAUAAUUCUGCUUAUAAUUUACCAUUCCUAAUGGUUGGUGUUACUAAAACUAAUAGCAUGCUUUCAUUAUGCUGAUGCUGAAUUCUUUUGGGCCACUUUUUAAAUCACUUAUCAAUUGUGCUGUCUGGCUUGUUUAUUGCACUACAUCGAAUAAAGAUGAAGACUCUAUGUAUUAUGGUUUUAAUUACG